UUCGCCUCUUCCAUGCCCCGUUCUCUCAUACAAAGCAAGCUCAAACUCGCGAAUCGUACGAGCGGAUCCAGCAUGGCCUCGAGAACCGCCGUGCCCUCCCUCGUGCUCCUCGCGCUGCUGUUCUCGUGCAUCGUCAUGAGCAGCGCGGCGAGGAGGCUGGAGGAAGCGUCGCCCAAGGAGGAGGAGGAGUUCCCGCCGCACCUGACCGUGCCGGAGCUGCCAGUGCCAGAGCACGAGCUGCCCCCGCUGCCCAAGGUCGAGCUGCCUCCGCUCCCGGAAGCGCACCUGCCGCCAUUCCCGGAGGUCGACCUGCCGCCGAAGCCCGAGCUGCCAAAGGUGGAGCUGCCGCCGAAGCCCGAGAUCCCCGCCAUUCCAGAGUUCCACUUCCCGGAGCCAGAGGCGGCUAAGCCAUGAUGCACGAUCAGGCCUGCGUCCUAUAUGCCGUGCUAGCUACUCCGUUGGUCGUGUAUACGUAUCUGUCUGUGUUGUUGUCGUGUGUCCGGCUGUCCGUCCGGUCGUAGCGUUGCUCGUGCUCUUUCCUUUUGUUUUUCAGCGAUUGUGCCAAGUAUGUACGUAUGCACGAGGCUGUCCUGUUCUGUGACUCGUGAGCGAUGGCCUGAUGAUGCUAGCCACCUGCCCGCACGGAUCGACGCUUUUGUAUAAGGGUCCUUGUAUCGUGGAGGUUUAUCAAUAAAGGAUUGAUCUCACAGUUAGCAGAAAAGGU